UAGGUUUGCCACCAGCUGGUGAUUUCAGUGAAACAUCUUGUGGUUACAGCCGGUGUCUGUCAUAGCGUGGCAGUGGCAUGGCAGUCAAAGAAGGGUUAUUAGGCUGAGUCAUGCUGUUCACCAAGAAAUGCAUUCAGUCUCACAGAACUGCAUUGCCUGGAGUGUCAUACUAUGUUUGAUAUAAGGAAACACAUCUGUCAUAUCCUUUGGGAUUUGGGAAUGCCUUCAAUCAAGGCAUUUGAGACUCGAAGCGCAAUAAAUUCCCAUAGCCAUGCCCCAAGGAGCACUGGGCUCAGCAUAAAACCUGGGAUAGAUUUUCCUAGGAGCUGGUUUCUGUAGCUGUUCCACCGUCCUGGUCAGAGCCUGGAAAGCAGAAUUGCCCCUUCAUGUAGUAGGCUCUGCAGAGGUGGGCGAGAUGUACACAGCACGUCAGAAGGCAGCUUUUGUGCAUGCCUUACAAAUGGGGUUGGGUACUAAAAAUGGAGCAUCUGCAGUGGGACCUGGAGUGCAGGAUCAAAACCUCUCACACUGCACAGGGCAAGCAGGGUAAUUUUCUAAUACUUUGAAGAUUCAGCUGCAUUGGCAAAAGGCACAGCUAUACCAGUUAUUCUGUGCCUUCUGCAGCAGUGCAAGAAAAGGGGACUCCCUCCUGCUCCAAACAGAGCAUACCCUAUCGGUGCAUGGUCCAAAAGUUCUCCCAUUUUUGUAGUUUGACUCAGUUAUUAACAGAAACAAGAGUUACGCAGCUUGGCUCUUCCUAGCUUUACCUGGAGGGACCCUGGUGUCCCAGACCCUCCUUUCCUGUGGCUAAAGGGUCAUCAUGCACUCCGUGCCGUAGUAAAAUGAACAAACCGCACCUGCUAUUACAAGACAGGAGAAACGGGCAAACUGUGGGGUUCGGACUUGUACUAACAGAGCAGGGCGAUGAACAAAUGCUGCCAACCUUUUAGAUGCACCAUUCAUCCGAGGAUUUUGGAGCACUUUUUGUGCCCCAAUUGAUUUAAACUCCUGUGAGGUUAGGGAGCAUCGCAGCCUGGCUUUGUGCUGCAGGGGAGCUGAGGCCCAAAGGAGCGUUAUUCUCUGCUUUGCUACUGGAUUGCCUUUCCAUCACUGCAUUUCACUGUUCAGAAAGCUCAGAAAAUGCUUCUACUCAUCUGGGAGGGAAGGAGUGUCCAGGUUAAUGCCUCAGUGUUUGCAGGGCUCACUACCCCUCUGAGACGAGGGCACGUCUGAGAACCAAUGCACAUUUACCAUUGGGCUCACACAGAUGCCUUACCAACAUCUGAGAUGGGUUCCUGGGCUGGAGAUUCCUGUUUCCCCUGUCAGGAUCCUGCACGGAUCUGAAUUUAGUGCAUAAACCAAAGAUAAAGAAGCCACCACCUUGAUAAGCACCUUGAGAAGCAGGGAGUCUGUAUGUGCCAAAUGCUGGAUUAGUGUGUCCUGUUUAAUCCCGAGGUCUAUUUUCAUGUCAAACGCACCCUCCUGUAAUUCCACCUGUUUAUUUUAGCAGAUAGCCCUGAUUUGCAUGAGGGGGAGAGCAGCCCUAACUCUGUCCUGUGUAGAGAACAGGCUGACUGCAUUCAGGAUCUCGAGCACAGCCCCCUUUUAUGCCCUCAGCUGCUGCAGCCCUAAAGCAGCGCUGCUUCAUUCAGACUGGGCCAGAGGACUCAGCUCUUCACAUUUCCUUCAGAUCUAUGUAUUUUCAGUCCUCCUGCGAUUGCUGCAUCUCAGACCUGACAACACCAGCAGACCUUGUCUUUAUUCACGUGAGGGCCUUUUGCCAGUGCUGUAGAGCAGAUGAGAACUGGGGAUAGAUGCUGAUGUGCAUUGUUAUAACACUGUUGAAGUCGACAGCGCAGGCAGAUUUCACCAGCAGCUGAUACGCUCUCGAGGCAUCCUGCCUGUUCUCAGGGCUAGCUGGUAUUGGAAGCAAUUCUCUGUUCCUGAUCUUGUCCCAGCACAUCCAAAUCUGAAUCGUUUCUUCCUCUCCCCGACUUUUCAGGUGGAAAUUAUUGACCGGUAUUGAAAUUCUCCUUCGGGCAUAGUGGGCUUCUAGGGAAGAUAUAACAAGGCAGUAAUAGCCAAGGGGCUUCUGAGUCUGUUACUAGCUACUCUCUUGGUUCGAUUUUAGUGCAAGGGUUGUCACUCAAAUGGUCUGGCACCACGUCAGAACUGAAGUGGAUUAAGCGAUUACACCAACUUGGAGCAAAUCCUUCGAUCAUAAUCUCCUGCUGGGGCUGUAAUCUGAAAGACUCUUCUACAUUUUACUUCUUUUCUAUUUUAACCCUGAACUCCUGAUGCCCCUGCUGGGUUUCCACUGCUGGCCCAUCCCUUAUUGGCCCAAGAAGGAUUUGCUGGGUACUUAAGUACCAGGUUUGAAGAGGGUUGUGCAGUUUAAAAUUGUCCCCAGGGAAGUGCCUGACGGCGCUCUGUGACCCAUGACACUGAGCUGGAAAGAUCUGUGGGCUUAGGUGGUUUGGUUCCCUUUUUGCGUUAUAAAUCUCACAGUAUUGGCUCUUCUCGACAUUGAAAGACAGAAACCAGAAUUUUGGGGGGGAAAAAAGGAAGAUUAGAAACGGCUGCUACUUUUCCAGAGAAGCACAGCAGUCUCUGUUUGUGGAAAUGGGGAACAUGGAUGGAAAAUCAGUCGAAGAACUGAGUGCCACCGAGUGCCACCAGUGGUAUAAGAAGUUCAUGACGGAGUGUCCCUCAGGCCAGCUUACUCUGCAUGAGUUCAAGCAGUUUUUUGGCUUGAAAAAUCUGAGCCCAGCAUCCAAUGAGUACAUGGAACAAAUGUUUGAGACUUUUGACUUCAAUAAGGAUGGCUACAUCGACUUUAUGGAGUACGUGGCGGCUCUGAGCCUGGUUCUGAAGGGCAAAGUGGAACAGAAGCUGAGGUGGUAUUUCAAACUCUAUGAUGUGGAUGGGAAUGGCUGCAUUGACAGGGGAGAAUUAUUAAAUAUCAUCAAGGCUAUUCGAGCCAUUAACCGAUGUAACGAAUCCAUGUCAGCCGAGGAAUUCACAGACAUGGUGUUCGACAAAAUUGAUAUCAACGGAGAUGGCGAGCUCUCUCUGGAGGAGUUCAUGGAGGGCGUGCAGAAGGAUGAGCUGCUGCUCAACAUCCUUACCCGCAGCCUGGACCUGACACACAUCGUCCGGAUGAUCCAGAACGACGGGAAAAACCCGAACAGCCCAGAGGCAGAGGAGGCUGCUGAAUAGACUUUUUAAAAUGGAUUUUUUUCCUUAACUUUCAUUAAAAACCCUUGGGGUGGGGAAAUGGGUGAGCUGUCCCCACGCUAGCAUGAUAAGAGCAUCACCCUAGCAGGGUAAUCACAAGCUCCUCUAAAAGGUCAUACCUGCCAGGUCCCCAGUGAAUUGUGAGGCCAAUGUGGACCAGCCAUGAGGAGACCCUCUGGGCUGGGUGAGUGCUGCCAGGGAGCAGAGGUGAUGAUGAUGAUGGUGAUGAAGUGAGAGUGUUGCCAGACUCAUAUGGUGGAAGCACAAGGGCCAGAAAGCCAGCAACAGGUAGAAGGGUCAAUGUGAAUAAGAUCUUGGUCACUGGAAGGAGGGCCAUAAGGGCAGUUAUAGAUGAUACGGUCAACUGUCUGAGCUUGAGUACCACAGCUUCGCUUCAGCCAGUGUUGGAGAGAUCUCCAGAGGGCAUGCUUGCUUUAAACCAUCCAGGGCCCAUUCUGAGAUGCUUAGGAGCAGUCCAGGCCCUGCGGCACAGCUGCCAACCCGAGGGGUGGAUAUUGGGGAUGAAGUUCUUUAUCUGCGGUUCUUGUGCAGCAUGUUUCCUGCUUGACGGAUGGGAAGUCCAUGCUGUCGGUGACAUGCCAUCUGCAGAUUCAGUGAGCUUAUAGGCCUGAGUGGAGAACGGGCUCCAAGACUUGAGGUGGUUGUUGGUUUUCUGGCUUGCAGGUACUAGGCUGGAGUGCAAAGAAGGGCCUGGAUCUGGGGCUAUGAUGCCUACGUAGCAGCUUGUCUCUGGAUGUUGGGGAGAGGACUGGUAAGCAGUCGGCUGGGGUUGGCAUAGGGCAUCCGGUAAUGGUCCUCGU